AUGCGCGACAAAUUGUUCCGCCUCUCUUCUUACUCCCAUCUACAUGUCCACAUGGUCACAACAAGAGGAAUGCGAUGGGCAGUGGAUGUGCCACCACCAAGCGAAUCUGAUCCCACCACCACUCACGCAGUAGUGACUGUGGCUAAGCCCAUGGUGAAUCAGAAACAACAUGGUAGGCGUCGAAAAGAAAUGCCACCGCCUGAGAUCGUCAACCCCCUUCCUGUGGGCCUGGUGGUUGAGGAACCAAGUGAGCCCCAGGUUGUUUCCUCGGUUCCUGCCCUUGUUUCCCCCAUUCUCGCCCCCAUUUCUCCUAUUCUCGCCUCUGCCGCUGACCCUCCCGUCGUGAGGAAGACCAUGUGA